UUCACCUCCCACUGGGUGGAGCAGGGCUUAAAAGAGAAGCUGGAAUGUAGUUUCUGGCAGUGUUUUGCUGCAGACUUGUGUGUUAUAGUACGCUAUCAAAGCAAACACUAAUCAAAGGAGAAGAGAGAACAACUGCUACUUUUACAAAAAGUUCACAAGAAAUAUCAUAAGAAAACACAAGAGAAAAGUAAAGCAGCUGCUCGGUAGAAAUUGUGAACAUCUGUGAACAUGGAAGAAGAUACAAUUCAAAUAGAGAAGAACAACGAAGAGUUUCAGAAAAGUGGUGAUCAUGAGAGCCAGGAGUUGGUGGUGCCCAGCCACAGCCCUGCAGAGUCACCCAGCUCUAGUCCAACACCACAGCAACUAGUAGCAGACUCCAUCAAAGACAGUAAUCAAGUCAACGCCAUCACGGUUCUCACCCUGCUGGAUAAACUGGUGAACAUGCUGGAUUCAGUGCAAGAAAACCAGCACAAAAUGGAAAAGAGGCAGAUUGACAUAGAAAAUUCAGUAAAAGGUAUCCAAAAUGAUAUUACCAAACUAUCAAAAAGUCAUACAUCGACAAGCAACACAGUCAGCAAACUUUUGGAGAAAUCUCGCAAAGUCAGCGCCAACAUGAGAGACGUCAAGGAUCGUAUGGAUAAGCAGACUGUGCAGGUGAAGAAGCUGGAGAGCAACCACAAUCAGCUCUUGAGAAGAAACAAUUUCAAAGUAUUGAUCUUCCAGGGACCUUAUUCCAGAUCCAGUGGACAUCAUGCCAACUCCAGCGACAUUCUGAGUGAGGAAGAAAAUGAAAUCCCUGCAAGUGUAUUUGUGAAAGAACCAACACCUGUACCUAGUAUAACAGAAGGUCCAGAAGAACCUACUGACCCUAAUAAGUCUCAGGAAGAGACCAUGCAUACAAUCGACCUUUCUUCAGAUGAUGAAAUUAAUCAUGAGGAUGAUGGUCAUGAUGACAGUGUCGAUGAAAAAUUCGAGCCAAGUAGAGCUGAGAAAAUGAAAAGAUCCAGUCUGAAGAAAGUAGACAGUCUGAAGAAAGCAUUUUCACGUCAAAAUAUCGAAAAGAAAAUGAGUAAGAUCAGCACGAAAAUAGUGUCCCCAGAAAGAAGAGAAAAAAUUAAAAAGUCUUUCACCCAAUCAGAAAAAAAAUCCUCAAAAAGUUCAUCAAUCAAAGUUCCAAUAGGUUUUAGUGUGAAGAAAUCUAUUGAUGACCAAGUUCUUACAGAGGGUGAGGAGAAAUCUCCUAGUCAAGCUGAAGGAGAAAAGGCUGUAAAUGGUCAGGAUGACACCGAAAUGGAUAAAAUACCUUCCGAAGUACUUCCUGAUGAGGAAGUAAAAACAACUGAAGUCUCAACAGAUAAAGAACCUACACCAGCAGAUGAGAGGAAAAACAUUGAGUUGUCUAUUGUUGAAGAUGACGAAGAACAUGAUAUAGACUUUGAAAGUGAGAAUCCAUUUAGCACUGAGUACAAGCCAAAGCCUGGAGAAUUAGAAGAAUCGUAUGAAGCAGCUACACAGUCAACUGCUCUACAAAUAAACCAAACUGCAUAAAAGCUGUCUCAUUAUGCAGUCAUCUGGUUAAAAGUGCAUUUACACAUAAAUAUGUGAAUCCAAUACAUAAAAUAUAUGUAUUUAUGUAAACAUAACAUGUUAGGAGUUUACGUGUAGAUGGGAGCAAUAUUUUUAGGUAAAUAACCCUGUCCAUUACCCAGUAGACUAAUGAACAUCUGAAGAUAUUUUUUGUAAUAACAUUUUUUUGUCAUUUGAAAAUUAGAAAAUACCAUUUUACAUAAAAUACCACUUAUACAUUUUGGAAUCAUCUAUCUAUCUAUCUAUCUAUCUAUCUAUCUAUCCAUCCUAUAAACAUUUAUUCCAUAACAUAUGUUGCAAGGGUGGUCAUAAUUGUGCUACUAAAUAUUUCUUAACACACCUCAGGGGCCUAUAAAGGAAGUAAAAACAAAAAGUAUAUACACAUUAUGUAGACUGAGUGACCUAAUAAAUUAAUUAUGGUAGUUUACUUAGACGAGGAUAUGGGACCAAUGUUUUAGGGAACAACACUACUCCUAAUGUUACUAUAUUAAUACUAACAAAAUAUACCAGUAAUGAAAUUAUGAUUUUAUAUAUAUAUAUAUAUAUAUAUAUAUAGAUAUAUAUAUAUAAUAUUUUCAAGUAAAGUUCUUAAUGUCCAGUUAUUAUUUUAGAUUUUUUUUUCCUGUAGUUUUACUUUCUUCUUCUUUUAGCAUAUUCUAGUUUCUUUUAUAGGCAAUUAUCUGGAAUGAAACAAAGGUGAUUAGGGUUGAAUAUACUGUACAUGCAGCAAUCACCUACACUGUAAAGGGCAAGUGAUUGCAACAGCGAUCGCUUGUCUUUAUAGACAAUCAUUGCUCUGAGCAGCAUAUCCCUGUUUAGAUAGCAUGAUUUGCUGCACAGAAAUAAAACAAUUUGGUGGCAGCAGAACAACAGGAUCACCCAAUGAACAAACGCUUGCUUGUUCAUCUGGUGAUCACCAGAACAUUUUUUUAAAGACUAAUCAUCAGGAAAGGUCUUUCUACAAACGCUCAUUCCCAAUAAUCAGCCUGAUUAUUGGGUCUGUGUAAAGUGACCUUUACACAACUGAACUUUAAUUAUAUAUGUGAAUGGACACAUAUUGUAUUUAGAACAAAUUUACUUCAAGCAAGCAAUAGAGGACUUAUAGGUGACUUCUAUUCAGAGGCUUUGUUAAAAAAUACAGAGAGAAUAGAAUAGCAUGCUGUAUUAUUUUGUAUGGUAAACUGUUGGGCCCCCUGACAGAAACGCUAUGGGUCCUCUACGAUACUGAUUAUCAUUGAUAUACAUUAAAUUUUUAUAUAUAUAUAUAUAUAUAUAUAUAUAUAUAUAUAUAUAGCGGUAACACUAAUAUUUGGAAAGGGACACACAUUUUGAAUUUAAUGUCCUAUUAAAAAUGAAAUCUGCAAUUUAGUUGUAGGGAACUUUAUGUAGUAUCUGCAGAAUAUGCUGUAUGUUGAAAGGCUCCAGAGGGAUUAUGGGAGCGAAGACUAUUUGAAGAGGGCCCUUUUGUUUAAAUAGGCCCCAUUAUUUCUUUCUAGUAAUGUAUUGUACUCCAUUUCACCUCUGUGCCUCCUUAAUUAAACACUACUAUGAAAGUACAAUUAAAUUGCUGCACAUGGAGUGAUCUGAAGGGGAAACUGUAAGGAGAUUCAUGCUGUGUGAACCCUAACACGCUCCAUUACAAACAGCCAUGUUUUACUAUGAAUGUUUCAGCAUUUCAGAGAAAAUAUUGUUUAAAUGGUUCUCCAGGUCCUUAAUAUUGAUGACCUAUCCUUAGAAUAGAUCAUCAAUAUAAGAUCGGAGAGGGUCCAACUACUGGCACCCCCCACCGAUCAGCUGUCUAAUGAGGCCACUGCUCUCCUGUGAGCGCCGCAGCCUCGGUGCAGCUAGCAGCUGUGCUUGGUAUUGUAGCUCAACUCCAUUCACUUAAAUGGGACUGAGCUGUG